CUUUCUCGAAAUAGAAGCCUUAGCUUAACCACUCAUUUCACAAUGCCUCAACUAUCGCGGUAUUAUUCCGUGAUUGUUCCGGUCGCCAUUGUCGCUGUCGGUCUUCUCACAUACAAAAUCUACCGGUCGACCACAACUCCUCAUAUCAAAAAGUUAAAACGGUCUAAUGCUCGGAGAGUCUCCCGCAGAAAUGCCCGUCGGUUUGGCCCGGUCAAUGGCCUUACUGGCAGCGAGGUUGGUGGAAUCGAUUCUGAAGGAAAUGUUAUCUCGGAUGAGCGCUUGCGCGAGGUGCUAGAUCGGGAGACAAUCGACAUCCCCGAUUCUAUAGCGGAUACAUUGGUUGAGGCUGCUGUGGCUGCUCGGGAGGCUCGAGGGGCUGGCGGAGGUAUAGGACAGGAUGAUCUCAGCGAGUAUAGUUACGUCCCGGAGCCCAAGGAGAAUCAAAACUUACUAAACUUGCUAUAUCUUAUCGCGGAGGAGCAAUCAAAAAGGGAUUCAUACGUCCACCGAGGAGUCACUUGCAAUGCCUGUAAUUGCUUACCCAUUCGGGGCAUCAGGUACCGUUGUGCGAACUGUAUCGAUUUCGACCUUUGCGAGACUUGCGAGGCUUUAGAUUCACAUCCGAAAACACAUUUGUUCUACAAAGUCAGGAUACCAGCUCCAUUUCUUGGUAACCCUAGACAAGCACAGACCCCAUGGUACCCAGGGAAGACUGGUUUAAUGCCGCCAGGGCUCCCGGCCGAUGUAAUCAGGAAAUUUGGGUCUGAGACAGGGUUUGAACCACCAGAAGUUGAAGCUCUAUAUGAGCAAUUCAAGUGCCUCGCUGCCUCAGAAUACCUUUCGGAUCCUCUCAAUCUCGGUGGUGCUAUUUCUAGGCAAACAUUCGAUAAGUGCUUUGUCCCAAACACCCACGUGCGCCCUCCACCUCCCAACCUUAUUUACGACCGAAUGUUUGCCUUCUACGAUACCAACAACGACGGGUUGAUUGGCUUCGAAGAGUUUGUUCGCGGAUUGUCUACUUUAAACCACAAAAACCGUGCCGGUGAGAGGUUACGUCGAAUUUUCAAUGGAUAUGACCUAGAUGGAGAUGGCUAUGUGGAUCGUAAAGAUUUCUUAAGAAUGUUCCGUGCUUUCUACGCCCUUUCAAAAGAUCUUGUUAAGGACAUGGUUGCAAGUAUGGAGGACGACCAUCUGGAAGCUAAUCAAGCAUCCAACGUACUAGUUGGCAGUCAACCGAUUAGUGCUGCGUUUGCCGGAAAUAUUCCUCCCGGGACGAGAAGGACCGGAAAGGAGAGUGAUGGUUUGGAAGAUGAUGAAGAAGAUAUAGACCGAGUCAUCCUUCCGAGUGGAGAUGAUAGAGUUCAUGGCGCAGAGCGUUCCGAGUUUCAGACUAGGCGCGAACAGGGUGCGUUCUGUUGA